UUAAAUAUCUUUAACAUGCAAUCCUAGCUUUUUCAUUUACUUCCGUGCAGCAAAGUAAAUAACUAAUGCAUUAAUGAAGUGCAGUUAUUACCUCAAGUGCUAAUUUGGUCAGGUCCUUUCUGUCAUAUAAAUCAUUUUAUUGUACGAUCGUCAUAUCGUCCUCUUUACCGAGCGAUGUUUUGGAUGUUGUAUUUCAGGGCCGAUGUUUUGAAGCAUGCUUUGGCGGCACAUGUCCCAGCGGCCGAGAGCGGAGCUUUAGCGGGGAUUAGACACUGGAAACAGCGUCCAGGUGAACCACCGAACACGUGAAAACCACAGCCAACAGAACGUGACUGUGAUACCUGCUGACUUCUGACAACUCUGUGACUUUUAUAGGGCUGCCAUACAAUUAAUAGCAUCCUAAAUUGAUCACGUACGUAUAAAAAAAAACACAUUCAUGCUUACAUUUACGAAAAAAACGUUACUGUUAUAUAUUAAAUAUAUCUAUAUAAUUUACACGAAUGUAAGAGUACACAUACUGUAUGUACACAGAUAUUUAAUUUUUUUCAAAAUAUUGCAAAACAAAUAUACGCAGAACACACGUUUAUUAUGUAAACCAGAACCUUACGUUGGAUUAACCGCGAUAAAUAGUUUGGUCAUAAUAUAGAACAAAAUCACGCAUUUAUUCUAUAUAUGAAAAAUGCAAAUAAUAUGAUAUAUUUGAGUGAUUCAUAGCUGAAAUUGCAUUAUAUGCUAAGUUCGUAUGUCGAGGUUUUCCUGUAGAAUUGACGAUAUUUAAUCAAACUGUUGAAAUGCAGUUACCGUUGAUAAAUAGCGAUGCAGAUUCGCCCGUUCCCCGUGGAGAUGUCACGUUGAUCCCCGGCCUGAAGACCCUCCCUCCACCGCACCGUCUGAUAAGAGCCACGCAGAUCAUUUGGGAUUAGCGCGGGUCUGAGAGCACACCAGGAGCCCGGUGAAGAUGAGGAUGCUCUUCUGCGGCGUGCUGCUGGUGCUGGGAGGAGAUGUUCUCCUGGCCUGCUCUCUGAAGAACUACACGCUGUACGUGGAGAGACACGAGUGCGGUCACUGCAUGGCCGUCAACACCACCAUGUGCGGCGGAAUGUGCUUCACGCAGGACACAAACGUGCAGGGAUUCGUGGGCAAGCGUUUUCUGAUUCAGAGAGGAUGCAUGCAUCGUUCCGUGGUCUAUCAUUCUGCUAAGAUGCCCGGCUGUCCGCUCCACAUCGACCCGCGCUUCUUCUAUCCGGUGGCUCGCCGGUGUCACUGCACAAAAUGCGACACCGUACAGAACGAGUGCGUCUACAAGCCAAAACUAACUCCUGCAAAGUGCUCCGAGCUGCUACGUGCCGUCUGAACCGCUACAAGGUUUCCUUCUGAUUGCCUUUAUUUCCACUUAAUGUCUUGGUAACGUUUCCUUGAGGUUUUAUUAGAAAGCGUUUCAGGUACAGGAUGCAUGAACUAUAUGGUUAGUUUUGCAACAGUGUUGUAUAUGUAACACACACACACACACAAAACUCAGCUAUAGUGCCUCGCAGAAGAGAGACGAUGUUUGCUGUGGAUCUUUUGUCUGUUUCUUUUUCAAUAUAAACGUCUGCAUUGAUCACUCAAGUCUCAUUUGCUUUAACUGAUAUUAUAACACGCUGGUUUUGAACAGAAAGAGAAAAACACUAUCACCAGAGCACCGUAUACUACACAAAAAUAGCUAAUAUAAAUCCUCACGAUAUUAAUAAAACAUUCUUACCUCGAAUUUGAUUUUUAAUGUACGAGAGCAGUUUAAAAAAUUACAUUUUUAGGUUGAAUCGAAAAGACUUGUCGAGUACAAUUUGUGAAAAAUGUAUCUUAAACUGUUGAUGAUGGCUUACACGUUUUAUUAUGGAGUCAAGUGUAUGAAUGACGCUGUGAAAACUGAAAAAUAAACAUUUGACUUUUUCAUAUUAUGGAAAUCGCAUAUGGAUUUGGGAUUCGCGUGAUUUUGCUUUUCGGAAACGAAACCAGUUUUGAUUCAUAACUAGUACGGUCUGUGUUCAUAAUAUAUUUGUAAUCCGUUAGGCCGUAACUCGAAAGCAGAAGUAUUUUUAUCUAUGACACAGUUACGACAUAGUUAACCAACAACAACAAAAAGAAGUUCACACCAUACAGUGCAAACAAGGAAUAUGAAGAUGAUUGUGGGAAGGCAAAUCGUUUUGUUAGUUAAAAUUACAUUUAGCAUUCAGCAAACAUCAAGAAAUGUUAACUUUUUACUGUUUAAUACGUCACUGACUGAACUACAUUUGUCCAGCUUGCCAGAUUGAUGUUGUUUCAACUGUUGUUUUUUUAACUUAAUCAAAAAAGGGACAUACUAUAACGUAACUAAAUGAAAUCAAUAUUUAUAAAAGUUAAUACGGUACGUUUUUUACUGUAACAGAUGCAUUUUACUCACAAUCAGUCUACCUAAAAUAGUCCCUUGGAAGAAAAAAUAUGCAUCUCUAAUUUGUACAUUGUCAAAAUCCAUUAUUUAAAUCCGUUAUGUAUUGCGUUGACCUUCAUUGAGUUCAUCUUUAUUGGUUUAUUGAAUAUUUAUUACCGGUUUAUCUAUAAUUAGAUGAAGCGAGAUUAAAGAAUAAAUCGUUUGAAGUGUCUCGAUGGAUGGCGUAGAAGUAAUUCAAUUCAAUUUGUUCAGCACUAUUUAUAUUUAUAUACACUAUUACAUUUUCGAACUGAAGAUAAAACCAACGUGAACAUAUGACGAUGACUUUUAACGUACCGCUUAAGAAAAGUUCCAAAUCUGCGCCAUGAAAGUUUUCGUGGCAGUCAGUCUUUUUCUUCAAAAGACUAAACCUUCUAGAACUUAUAAAU